GCUAGUACAGAAACGUUUUCAGUAUUUUUAACCUGGUGACUUCUGAGUAUAUGUAUAGAAACUUACAUUGAUAUAGUGCUUUAAAUGUAGGAGAAUGUCCCAAGGCGAGUACUGCACUUGUGAUCGAGCUGCCUUAUGGAUGAGAUGUUAAUGAGGCCCCUGGCUGUGUUCUCAGGUGGACAUGAAAGAUUUCGUGGCACUAUUUCAAAGAAAAGCAGGCCUGUUAUCCCUGGUGUCAUGGCCCUAUUUAUUGCUCAAUCAACAUCUUUUAAAAAAGGUGUUUUUAAAAAAUCUGGUCAUUUUACUUUUUGUGGGAGCUUGUUGUGUGCAAAUUAGCUGUCAUAUAUCCUCGUGGUGACCGAAGAGUCUGAGAUUGGCAUGGAUGUUCUUAGACUGGCCUAUUGUUGUUUGUGCUUUGCAGCUGUGAGACCUCUGGCCUUCCUCUUCUGACCUUGCAUGUCAGGUUUUGUGAGUUUGACCUAAAUCACUGGCUCCCAAAGUGGGGUACACAUGCCCCUGGGCCUAUGGCAGUUGUCUCUAAGGGGUACUUUUGUCUUAGUUUAAUAGCAGAUUUUCAGGGAUGAGUUUUUUUCUCCGCCUUUCUCUCCCACCGCCACCCCCCUCCCCCAAGCUCAAGCUCCUUCUGUAGUCCAGGGGUUCCCAAAUGCGCAUCUCUGGUGCUCAGGCUCAUAUGCUGCCACUCACCAUACUGCUCCUCCAGUUGCAGUUUGUUUCACUCCCUGGUUGGGGCCAUAGCCAUAGUUGAACCAUGUCUCAAAGCUACAAAGCAGUGAGUGCGGGGUGGGAGGUUGGGAAAAGGGGCUGUUGAAUGAGGCGUUGGGGGGGGGUUGGGAAGACGGGCACCAAGUGCUCAUGCUCCAACAAACAAGCUCAUCCAUCACAUUAACGGCUCCAGAGUAUGUUCCUGAAAAAGUGAAGAAGGCAGAAAAGAAAUUAGAAGAAAAUCCAUAUGACCUUGAUGCAUGGAGCAUUCUCAUACGAGAGGCACAGAACCAACCCAUAGACAAAGCGCGGAAGACCUAUGAGCGACUUGUCACCCAGUUCCCAAGCUCUGGCAGAUUCUGGAAACUAUACAUUGAAGCUGAGAUAAAAGCAAAAAACUACGACAAAGUUGAAAAGUUGUUUCAACGAUGUCUUAUGAAGGUUUUGCAUAUUGAUCUAUGGAAAUGUUACUUGGCCUAUGUGCGGGAAACUAAAGGCAAACUUCCUAGUUACAAAGAGAAGAUGGCCCAAGCAUACGAUUUUGCUUUAGAUAAAAUCGGGAUGGAGAUUAUGUCUUAUCAAAUUUGGGUUGAUUACAUUAACUUUUUGAAAGGAGUGGAAGCUGUGGGAUCCUAUGCAGAGAACCAAAGGAUAACAGCAGUUCGUCGGGUGUAUCAGCGAGGCUGUGUCAAUCCUAUGAUAAAUAUUGAGCAGUUAUGGCGAGAUUAUAAUAAGUAUGAAGAGAGCAUCAAUAUUCACCUUGCUAAGAAAAUGAUUGAAGAUCGUAGCAGAGAUUACAUGAAUGCUCGACGAGUGGCAAAGGAAUACGAGACUGUCAUGAAAGGUCUGGAUCGCAAUGCACCAUCAGUCCCACCACAGAACAGCCCACAGGAAGCACAACAGGUCGACAUGUGGAAGAAAUAUAUCCAAUGGGAAAAAAGUAACCCACUUCGCACAGAAGACCAAACACUAAUCACCAAGCGAGUUAUGUUUGCCUACGAACAAUGUCUGCUAGUUUUAGGGCAUCAUCCUGACAUCUGGUAUGAAGCUGCCCAGUACCUGGAGCAAUCGAGCAAGUUACUAGCGGAAAAGGGGGACAUGAACAACGCGAAACUGUUUAGCGAUGAGGCUGCAAACAUCUAUGAGAGAGCCAUCAGCACUUUGUUAAAGAAGAACAUGCUGCUUUACUUUGCUUACGCAGACUAUGAAGAAAGUCGGAUGAAAUAUGAAAAGGUACAUAGCAUAUACAAUAGACUCUUGGCGAUUGAAGAUAUCGAUCCAACAUUGGUUUACAUCCAAUACAUGAAAUUUGCACGGAGAGCAGAGGGUAUCAAGUCUGGUCGAUCCAUAUUUAAGAAAGCAAGGGAAGAUCCUAGAACACGACAUCAUGUCUAUGUGUCUGCUGCACUAAUGGAAUACUACUGCAGUAAGGACAAGGCAGUGGCCUUCAAGAUAUUUGAGCUAGGUUUAAAGAAGUAUGGAGACAUUCCAGAAUACAUAUUGGCUUACAUUGACUACCUUUCACAUCUUAAUGAGGACAAUAAUACCAGAGUUUUGUUUGAGCGUGUGCUGACGUCUGGAUCCUUACCUCCGGAGAAAUCUGGAGAGAUCUGGGCACGAUUUCUGGCUUUUGAAAGUAACAUUGGAGAUUUAGCUAGUAUCCUGAAAGUGGAAAAGAGGAGGUUUGCUGCUUUUAAGGAGGAAUAUGAAGGAAAGGAAACAGCCUUACUAGUGGACAGAUACAAGUUUAUGGACCUAUUUCCCUGUUCAAACAGUGAACUUAAAGCCCUUGGAUAUAAGGAUGUUUCUCGAAACAAACUGACUGCCAUAAUCCCAGACCCUAUAGUGACUCCCUCAGCUGUAACAGUAAUGAAGGAUGAGGUCGAUCGGAAGCCAGAAUAUCCAAAACCUGAUACGAAUCAGAUGAUACCGUUCCAGCCCAGACAUUUAGCGCCUCCCGGCCUCCAUCCUGUUCCUGGCGGAGUGUUUCCUGUACCUCCAGCUUCCGUGCUACUUAUGAAACUGUUACCACCUCCAACUUGUUUCCAGGGGCCAUUUGUUCAGGUUGAUGAACUGAUUGAAGUCUUACGACGCUGCCAGUUACCAGACACUGUGGAACAAGCUAUUGAGCUGAUCACUGGAGGCCAGCCGGAAACAGUCAUUGAAGGAAAUGGACCUAUAGAAAAUGAUGCUGUGAUGAAAAAGCCCCUUAAGAGGGCAGCAAAUGAGGAUUCUGACGAAGAGGAGGAAAAAGGAGCUGUGGCACCUCCUGUGCAUGACAUUUACAGAGCACGCCAACAGAAACGAGUCCGAUAAAUUAGUCCAUUACAGACUGUUUUGUUGUUUUGAAGGAACUGAAUGUCAUUCUUAAAAUGUCGAGACAGAACUACAUCAUCUUCACUUGCCUGUGGAAAUGAGACUGUGCUUUCACUGUUGUGCCUCAUUCGAGUAAGUUUAGUCAUUUGGAUGGGGAAAAAAAAGAUGGAUAAUACCUUGCUCCCGCUCUACAAAAAGUCAUUUUUCAACCGGCUCUCAUUUGAGCAGAAUAAAAAUAUGUUUUGGUCUUGGCCAGGCAUAGUGACUGUGCACAUACCGUGUUAACAUUUCAACUGUGAUCCAUGCAAGUCUGCUAUUCAAAUGCAACUUGUGAUUCUCUGUGAUUUUGUUUUAUUUGUCAGUUUCAUUUUUUUUUAAAAAAGUGGAUGGUGCAAAUGAGGGAAAGUAUUUUAAUAACCCACAAAGCUAAAAUGCCACAGUCCUGUUGUCAUGUGGUUUCCUGCCAAGUCUCAUUUUACCAUUAUUUAUGGCACUCUGUUUCCUUUUGUAAUUUGACAGCCUGAAACACAAUCUUUGUAAUAAAGUGAUAAAAUACA